CAGUGCAACAAUCGCUGUUCAGUAGUUGUCGCACUCUUGUGUGCGUUGGUUGAUAUUUGAAUAGUUAAGUGUUGUUUGAAAGCGAAAGACGCACGCUUCUCUGACCUAUUUUAAAGUUGAAGUUUUUGUUUAACAACAAAUGUUUAACAUCCAUUGUUAAAAUUGUAAAUUUUUAAACAAAAUGGCUGCAUUCAACGUGGUUUUCGGCUGUGUGAUGGCGCUAUUAUUGAUCUUAUUCACAAUCAGCUCUAUAGUUAGAUAUUAUAUAAAGUUCACACUGUUCGUCGUUUUGUCACUAAUCUUCGCUACUGCUCCACUACCGUUGAUGUUCUUCAGACCAUUCAGUCCUAAGAACGCUUUAAUACCCGCUUUUUUACUCCGGCUCACGGCGAGAGUUUUGGGAAUCAAAUGGACGGUUCGUGGUCUUGAGAAUGUGGACGACUCUCGAGGAGCGGUGGUUCUUCUCAACCACCAGAGUUGCAUUGAUUUGUAUGUGCUUGCCGUCCUAUGGCCUCUGAUGGAGAGAUGCACGGUGGUAUCGAAGCGUUCACUGCAGUACUUGGUGCCUUUCGGGACAGCCACCUGGAUGUGGGGGACUGUGUUCAUAGAUCGAGGCGCUCAUUCGGCGAGAUCUGUCUUAAACAAGCAGACGGAGGCGGUGAAAAGCCAUAAGCGUAAGCUGCUGCUAUUUCCAGAAGGUACGCGUCAUUCGGGAGACAAAUUGCUGCCGUUUAGAAAAGGGGCGUUCCACGUAGCUCUGGAUGCCGAGGCGCCAAUACAGCCCGUAGUAGUAUCGAAAUAUCAUUUCUUGGACUCCGAGCGUCAUAAAUUUGGAUCGGGUGAAAUAAUAAUAACCAUUCUGCCUUUGAUUGAGACGGACGGCUUAAACAAAGAUGAUAUAACCGCACUGGUUGAAACCACGCAAAACAAAAUGCAAGAAGAAUUCACGAGGACGUCAGCGGAGACGAAGCAAAGGCUCCGCGGGAGAGAUUAGCGAGUAGAAGCUAAGUAACAAUAAAACGGUGCUGUGAUAAUUUCAAAUGUUCGUGGUAGUAAUGUAUUUAUUAUUUGUUGAAUAUAGUAAAAUUUAUUUACAAUAAACUUUUUAUAAAAAUAAAAAAUUGUAUUAUUUUUUCAAUAAAAAACACG